CUACUGAGGAGAAGGAGCAGCUGCAGCCACAGCCCAGCCCCAGCCAGCCCGGUGCUGAGGUGAGGAGGGGACACCCCAGCCCUGCUCCAACCCUGUCCCGCUUUGCCUGCCAAGGCCAGGGUCUCCACGGCCCUGUUGUUGGCUGAGGUGCCCUGCAGCCCUGCAUCUGUCUCUGAGCCUGGCCCCAGGUGCCGAGUGGCUGCUCAGGGCGGCAUGGAGUCCCUCUUCCCUGCCCCGUUCUGGGAGGUCCUCUACGGCAGCCACCUGCAGGGCAACCUGUCCUUCCUGAGCACCAACCACAGCCUGCUGCCCCCACACCUGCUGCUCAACACCAGCCACGGUGCCUUCCUGCCCCUUGGGCUCAAGGUGACCAUCGUGGGGCUCUACCUGGCUGUGUGCGCGGGAGGAUUGCUGGGGAACUGCCUCGUCAUGUACGUCAUCCUCAGACACACGAAGAUGAAGACGGCCACCAACAUUUACAUCUUCAACCUGGCCCUGGCAGACGCGCUGGUCCUGCUGACACUGCCCUUCCAGGGCACGGACAUCCUCCUGGGCUUCUGGCCUUUCGGGAAUGCCCUGUGCAAGACCGUCAUCGCCAUUGACUACUACAACAUGUUCACCAGCACCCUCACCCUGACGGCCAUGAGCGUGGACCGCUAUGUGGCCAUCUGCCACCCCAUCCGUGCCCUUGAUGUCCGCACGUCCAGCAAGGCCCAGGCUGUCAACGUGGCCAUCUGGGUGCUGGCUUCCAUCGUUGGCAUUCCUGUGGCCAUCAUGGGCUCAGCCCAGGCUGAGGAGGAAGAGAUCGAGUGUCUGGUGGAGAUUCCCGCCCCGCAGGACUACUGGGGCCCCGUGUUUGCCGUCUGCAUCUUCCUCUUCUCCUUCGUCGUGCCCGUGCUCAUCAUCUCCGUCUGCUACAGCCUCAUGGUCCGGCGGCUGCGCAGCGUCCGCCUGCUCUCGGGCUCCUGCGAGAAGGAUCGGAACCUGCGGCGCAUCACGCGGCUGGUGCUCGUGGUGGUGGCCGUGUUCGUGGGCUGCUGGACGCCCGUGCAGGUCUUCGUGCUGGUCCAGGGGCUGGGCUUCCAGCCGGGCAGUGAGGCCGCCGUGGCCGUGCUGCGCUUCUGCACGGCGCUCGGCUACGUCAACAGCUGCCUCAACCCAGUCCUCUACGCCUUCCUGGACGAGAACUUCAAGGCCUGCUUCCGCAGGUUCUGCUGCGCGUCUGCCCUGCGUCAGGAGGGGCAGGCAUCCGACCGCGUGCGCAGCAUCGCCAGGGACGCGGCCGUGGCCCGCAAGACCUCCGAGGUGGUGCCGCGACCCGCGUGACUAGGCGUGGACCUGCCCCUGGCGCCCGUCAGCCAGCAGAGCCCGUCCACGCCCAACACGGAGCUCACCCAGGUCACCGCCCUCUAGGUGGACGCCCGCCCGGGCCUGUGCUCCAGGAGCCUCUGCUGGGCCUUCUCUUUGGCCUGGGCAUGCUGGCCCCAGAGGAUCUCGGCAGAGAACUGGGAACUGAGCGACCCCAUGGGGCAGGCGACACGUUGGGGCUGCAACUGCGGCCUCGGUUAGACGGCGCGGUUCUCCUGGCCUGGAGUGUCCGCCACGCCGGAGAAUGUGCUGCUGGAACCCACUCCAUCCUCCCCUUUCCUCCAGGGAGGCAUGCCCCUCUUCCCCGCCGACUCUUGAACUGGAUGUUCAGGCCUCACGGCGGCUCCCUCUGGAGACAGCCUGGGCCGCCCUGCGCCCCUGCGGGCUGAGGGCCGUUUGCAGGGCCAGGGCUCUGAGUCCUCGCGGUCGUGUCUCUGCGAGAGGGAGCACCCUGAGCGGGGGUCCCACGUCCUCCCAGCUCUCUCCCUCUCAUAGUAAACAGUGCCAAAUUGGAAGACCGCUUCACCUGCAGAGCUGCGCCAGGGGUGGGGCUUGGCAGGACCUGCUGAGCCAGGUUGCAAGGAACUGCUGGGCUGCAGAGACGUGGGGGUGGGGGUCUGCACCCCCAGGGUUCGCUGUCCUGGUUGCCUGGAGAAUCACCCUCUGUGCCUGCAGUCGGACGCCGUAGGCUGAGGACUUUGCUUUUCCUGCAGGUGAACUGGUGAAACGACUGAGGCGGGAGCAGGCACCUGUUCUCCCGCCUCCACCUGUGAGGCCUGGGGCUGGCUCCUUGUGCCUGGAGGGGAGCCUGUUCCUGGGGGCACGGGGGUCUUCCGUGCUGCUGGGGAGGCUGCUGGGGAGGCUGCCAUGGCUACGGGUUUCUUGCCUAGAGGGGAGAGCUUUGUGAACUGUGAAUUUCUGCAUCUUUGUCUAUCUGUGCAUGCGAUGAACUUGAUUUCUUAUGCUUGAAACCAGCCCUGCACUCUUCCCUGGCUGAAUUUUCUGGAUUGGCGCAGGGGUGGGGGUGGCUGUGGAUGAGUCCUGCUGCCUGCUCUGUGCCCCAGACUCCAGGCCGGCUCAGUCCUGGCUAGAGGGGCUUGGGGAGGUGUGAAUUGUCUGUCCCUAAACAGCCAGCUGUCACAGCUCCCUUGCCUUCCGGGUCAGGGGCUGCUCCUUCCCUCUGGGCAGCUUUUCUUCUCCCAUUUCACUCAGUGGAAACCUUGAGCCGCCCCAAGGAAGGCUUUGGUGAGAGGUUCUUGGUUACAGGAUGGCCUGCUCUGGGGCCUAUUUGGACUCCUCCUGGCUCUCUCCAGGAUCACAAGGCUGGGGAGGCCCUGGGCGAGGAACUGAGCUAUCCUGCCAGCGGCUGGGUGAGGCUGCCGUCCGCGAAGCGGCUCCUCCAGCUCCAGUCGAGCCUGCAGAUUGACGUGCUUGGCCGACACCCUGACUGAAGUUGUGUGGGACACCUCGUCAGAACCACCUGGCCAAGCUGCCCCCCGAUUC